AUCACCAUUUGCAAAGCUCAAUGUUGUGAAAUCGUUAUGAGGAACAGUUUCAUUUAGAACAAUUAUUAAGAUUGUAUACUUUGUCAUACAAACAUUUCAAAGAAGCAUCAAUGUAUACCAUUGUUCUGGGAGGAGAUGACAAAUCAGGAGUAAGUUCGUAGCGAUGGUCAAAAAUGACAAAACUGAGAAUAGAAAUUGACAUCAACACUGAUAAACAAACAUAUCCCCGUACUGCCACUUUCCGAUCAGCUAACAGAUACUAAAUGUGUGGAAAUUUUUAGCAAGUGAUGACAGACAAAGUGCUAGGAUGAAAGUGUUCACUAACUGUACAGUUGUAUUAGAGUUUGAGGCAUGUACAUCAUACAAGGAAAAAUGUACAUGGAGAAAGACAAUAACAGAUAAUGGAGGGGUUAUAUCAUACAUUCUCACCAAGAAGGCUUCAUUUUUUGUUGUUUUCAACAAGAAAGGCACAAGUAUUUCAUACAAGUUACGGCAGUGUAACAGGCAUAAUAUUCCUGUGGUGAGCCCAAAAUAUGUACAACAAUGUGUUUCUAAAAAUAGACUCCUUGAUACUGGCAAAUACAGGUUAGCGGACAUCAACAAUAAUCAGGAGUUUGGGAAAGGAAAAAUUCAGACAACACAUAAUGAAGUAGGUAGAGGUACAAGGCGUGUUAAGAAGAAGGUAGUCACAGUAAACUUGUCCAGUUAUCCUAGCUUCUUAUACGGUGAUGUAAAUGCUCCCGAGUUUGAUGAGGACACAUUCCAGUUACCAAAAUGGGCACUGCUAAUAAAUAAGGAGACAAAGAAAAUGGAAGCAUUGGAGGUACAUGUUGCCACCAGACUGGACUGCAAGUUCAGAUACAGGUUAUAUGCACAGAAUGCUCAAGUUGACAAUAAUAAGGUGGUGAAAAUAGACGAGGCCUUAGUCUGGUACUUUCAGACAGUGUCUGAGGUACUGAGUGGUUAUGAGCAGUUGUAUAGACAAUAUACCAACAAACCUGUGUGUAUGGUACCUUGUAAACCAGGAUCAGUAGAUGUGCAAGACUUUGGAUCUGCUUCUUUAAGGAUGAAAAUUGGAAAGUUAUCUCUCUUGAAUGAAGAAAUUUCCCCUCAGGUGGCAGCACUGACUUCACUAGUCUGGAAUGAGGCCCUGACAGAGGUUGAUACCAUGUUGGAAACUCCUAUGAAGUAUAUACAGGAAAAGCAGAUAAUUGAAGCGAAAGUGAUACUGUCUCAAUUAACGGAUAAGUUACUAGGCAACUAUGAUGAUGAUAUGGACAAGCUUAUAGAAGAAUUUUAUGAGGUUUUGCCUCAUAAAGAACAAUUUAAGAAGUCUAGUGAUUGGACUCUAAGGGAAGUCAUUGGUAAACAAGACCUGUGUCAGCUUUUAUCAGAUAUUGUUGCUGUAAGUGAAGCCACAGACUGGUCCCCUGAUACUACAGUUAUUGCUAAAUACAGAGCCAUGGGUUGUCAUAUAAAAUAUGUAAACCAGUCUGAUGCUGAUGAUGACUCAGCAGAAAUUUACAAGAUCUUGGAAGAGAAGCUAGCUAAAGAUGGAGGAAAGGUACAUGGUCUGUUCCGAGUUAGACGGACAGUGGAAGAGGUGAACUUCAUGUCAGACAUAGGAAAUAUAAAUCUGCUGAGUCAUGCUUCACCUUGUCACAACAUACUUGGAAUUUUGUCAAGGGGUUUAUUAAUGCCUAAUAUGGUUGCAGACAAGAUGGGUGUUGCCAGGACAGAUGUUGGAAACCUUGGUGCUGGAAUAUACUUCUCAGAUAAUCCUGGGAAAAGCUCCCAGUAUUCUACAGUGAAUUCUCAGACUGGUACUAGGUUUAUGUUGCUGUGUAACGUAUCUCUAGGACACUGUUGUAAAAUGUACCAGACUGACUUCACGAUUACAUCAGCCCCUGAAGGUUUUGAUUGUGUACAAGGUGUGAAAUCAUCAAAUGACAACCCUAGCUCAUUUGAGGAUAAUGAAUUUGUUAUAUACAACCCCAGUCAACAGUGUGUGAAAUACCUGGUUGAGUUUUCUCUACCGGGAGACAAUAUUACAGAAUGCCCAGAUAUAACAGAUGGAGGUUUACAGGUCCUGAAAGGUUCAGAGGUCACAACUCAGGACACUCAACCUCAGACGUCAUCAAAUACUGAUAUUGAUAUCUCAGAUAUUAAAGAUGUGCAAGAUCCUCUUGCCAAGGUUAAAGCAGGAUUACAAGGCAACAAGAAGGAACAUAUCCCUCUUAAAAGUGUACAUAUCAGAGGUAAAAUGAUGGACAUGGUGGCAAAGGUUGUGGUUUUACAAGCAUACAGAAAUGAUAGUAGCACAGCUAUAGAGGCCAAGUAUGUGUUCCCAUUAGAUGAUACAGCAGCAGUGUGUGGAUUUGAGGCUUUCAUUAAUGGAAAACAUGUAAUAGGUGAAGUAAAAGAGAAGAGUAAAGCUAGGAAGGAAUAUAAAGAAGCUGUUGCCAGGGGUGAUGGGGCAUACCUUAUGGAAGAAGAAACACCUGAUGUAUUCUCAGUCAGUGUUGGUAAUUUACCUCCUAAAUGUGACGUCCUCAUCAAGAUCACAUACGUCUCGGAGCUGCAGGUCCAAGGGGAGGCAAUUGCGUUCACUGUUCCAGCUUCAGUAGCUCCAUGGUUACGAGACGGAGCUCUGUCACAGAAGACACAGGCAACAACUGAAUCUGUUAAAGUGUCUGACAACAAGAGAUGUGACAUUUCUCUAAUGGUUGCCAUAGAGAUGCCAUUUGACAUUAGGAGAAUUUUCUCACCUUCCCACAGGGUCAAGUGGAAGAAAACGGCAACAAAAGCAGUUGUCUCCCUUCCCAGAAGGAGUAGAUUUGAUGAUGGUUUCCAGUUGUAUAUAUAUCUAGCUGAAGUCCAUGUUCCUAGAAUGUGGGUGGAGAAACAUCCUACAGAAAAUACUCAGGCAUGUAUGUUGACAUUCUACCCUGAAUUUGAGACACAGUCUUUGACUGAGGCUAACAUUAUUAUUCUGUUAGAUAUGUCUAAUUCAAUGAAAGGCCAACCUGAGGAGCAGGCCAAAAAGGUGGCCCUGUUAGCUGUUGACAAUUUACCAUUGCAGUGUAAAUUCAACUUGGUCAUGUUUGGUAGUACAUAUAAAGAAUUGUUCCCAUCUCCUCAAUCAUGUAACAACUUCUCCUCUCAGUUGGCAAAACAGUUCAUCCAGGAAGCUUCUGCAAAUUUAGGUUCCACAGAAUUGUUAGAGCCUCUUCAUGCCACACAGAUAUUGUCGUCUGCUACAGUGUCGUCUGCUGAUCAAAGCUGUCUGAACCUCUUUCUCAUCUCUGAUGGUCAUGUGACUCAGGAAUCUUCAAUUCUAUUGGCAGCUCAGAAAACUUCUCAGCAAAUCAGAAUUUUUACGCUUGGAGUCAGCUCAACAGUAAAUCAUCAUUUAUUGCGGAGCAUUUCAUCUAUAAGUGGUGGAACGUAUCAACAUUUUAAUCCUGAUACUAAGUCUCAGUGGAAAGGGAAACUACUCUCACAACUUGAAAAGGCAUGCCAACUAAGUUUAACUAACGUACAUGUUGAUUGGAUGCAGACCAAUGACAAAGCCACACCUCCAACUCAAGCACCCAAUCAUAUCCCUUGUCUAUUUAGUGGUUGUCGGCAAGUUGUAUAUGGAUUUGUAGAGAGCUGCACUCAGGCAACACUGAAGGCCAAGGUUGGUAAUAAUGAAAUAUCUACAAUGGUGUCAACUGUGGAUCUCAAUAUAACAACUGGAACAAUGUUACAUCAGUUAACAGCUAGGGCAGUGAUAACAGACUAUGAGAAUGGAACGCUCGAUGAUGACAGAAUCAAACAUCAGGUGAUAAAAAAUGAGAGGAAACAGUACAUCAUUGACUUGAGUAAGAAACACAGUAUAGUGACUCCAUACACCAGCUUUGUGGCAAUCGAGGACAGGCAUCAGGAUGAACAUAAUGUUUCCAUCAUUCCUUCUAUAGCUGAUCUCAUUGAGAAGGAAACAGUGGACAUUUUACCUUACAUAAGCUGGGAACCAGGUGUUGAAGAUAAAGAUGAGGACCCAAUAGCUGUAGUGAAAGAUAUUAUUAAGAGAGGUGAGAUUCAGGAAAGUUGCUCUAUGGUUCAGGCAGAGGAUAUAUACAAUAGUUUGUCUGAGUAUGUUGAUGAUAUAAAAGCGGAUGUUGAAACUCUAGAAAUGGUAUAUGACAAGUUGGGAACAUUCUAUAAACAGAAUCAAGCUGAAACAAUUGGAAAAAUUCUUGCCGAAAUGGAAGACAGCACAAUUGCUUGUCAGUUAAAGAGACUAAAUGAUCUGUCAGAGAAUGAUUAUGAGGCCUAUACUAAAUACAGAUCAGAACUAAGGGACUCUUUAUGUGAUAAAAGACACCUCAAGAAUGUGCCUGAUUGGUUGUUUGAAGACGAAUUAAGAAAUGGAAAGGAAACUAUGGAGCUAAAUGGUGAAGAACAAAAUGGCAUGGAAUUCCAAGAUGUGUUUGGAGAUAUGGAAAUGCCUUGCCUUAUGCCUCCAGAAAUAAAUAUAAGCAAUGAAGAUUUAGCAAAGUUUCAACAGAUGAUAUCAAAUGCGUCAAAUAUUCCCUUGCCUUCAGAUGAUGAUUCAAUUGCAGGACGAUUGAUAUUUCACAAAAGUGAGAAUUCCGGAGAAUUGGAUGAUGAAAUGGAAAUGGACACAAAUGGUGACUUUGAUUCUGGUGACUCUGAUUCUAGUGACUCUAAUAGUGAUGCUAGCAAUUCUACAACUGAAAAGUCUGAUACACCUUCUAAGUUAUCACCAAAAGGUUCUAAACGGUCAGGUUUAAAAAAAACCAAAGAGAAAAGAAAAUUGUGUAAAGUAAAUCAAUCAUUUGCUAAAUCAAGUCCAUCAAAAGCACAUGAUAGAGAUGUCAGUUCCCAACCAAAAAGUACUGCAGUUGCCCCUAGGAAGCAAAUUCCUUCUAAGGCUGCCAGAAAAAGCGCACCAAAAGCAGGAUAUGUCUUUAAUGAAAGUGAGAGUUCAGAAUUAUCUGAUGAUGAUAUUGAAAUUGACAUGAGCAGAUCUUUAAAGAGGAGAUCAAGAAUUAUGUCUGGACAAAGAAGGUCAAGGAGUAGAUCUUUAGAGCGGAGAUCAAGAAGUUUAGAUAGAAUAAGAAGGUCAAGGAGCAGAUCUUUAAAGAGGAGAUCAAGAUUUAUGUCUGGACAAAGAAGGUCAAGGAGUAGAUCUUUAGAGCGGAGAUCAAGAAGUUUAGAACUAUCAGGAAAGUUAGAUCUCUACGGAUCCACAAGGAGAUUUUGGAUUAAAAGAUUAAGAAAUAGAUCAAUAAGUCGAUCAAGAAGUAGGUCAAGAAGUAAAUCUUUCAUUAGAAGAUCAAGAAGUAGAUCACUCAGAACAUCAAGAACAAAGCUAAGAAGUAGAUACAUGAUUCAAAAAUCAAGAAGAUGGUCAAGAAGUAGAUCUUUCGACAGAAGAUCAAGAAGUAGAUCACUUAGAAGAUCAAGAAGUAGGUCAAGAAGUAGAUCUUUCAUCAGAAGGUCAAGAAGUAGAUCACUUAGACGAUCAAGAAGUAGGUCAAGAAGUAGAUCUUUCAUUAGAAGAUCAAGAAGUAGAUCACUUAGAAGAUCUAGAAGUAGGUCAAGAAGUAGAUCUUUCAUCAGAAGAUCAAGAAGUAGAUCACUAAGACAAUCUAGAAGUAGAUCUUUCAUCAGAAGUUCAAGAAGUAGAUCUCUUAGACGAUCAAGAAGUAGGUCAAGAAGUAGAUCUUUGAGUCAAAGAUCAAGGAGUAAAUUACAGCCACGUAAUACUGUAUGGCAAGGAAUACUGUGUUGGAACAUGAUAUAUGGUUUGAAAUACCUAUAUUCAGGCCUUAGAAGAUGUUUUAAGGUGGAUGAAGACUCAACCCCUGAAAAGCCACUCUACUACUUUGAACUUUCGCGUGAGUUAUGCAAAUCAUUGAUUGGUGUUAGCAGACGGCAGAUUGUUGAUAGACUUCUUUCUCUUGGUGUAAAAUCUCUAGGAAUAAAGACUGAGGAAAAUGUGCACUGUGUAAUCGCUAGUCUAUUAGCUUUGAUUACCUUGGUCAAGAAGGCUUGGGAGAGGCAACAUGGGAAAUCUUUGAUCUUGACGUCAGAAAGUGUUAUUAACUAUACAGUUAAAGACGGAAAAUUAACAAUUACUAUUGACGGCAUAAAUGCAACUCUGGAUAAAGAUAUAUCGGACGAUUUUUACAAUGGACUUAUCAAUUGGUUAGAAAAGAAGGAAAAGGAGUUACCGCCAUUAUAUAACUGUUUAGAGUUGGGGAAAACAAGAAUGGAUUUCCUGUCAAAUCUUUCUUAUAUAUUAGACAUUCCUUAUAAAAGAAAGCAAACUUUGUGAACAGAUAAAAGAAUUGGAUAAAACAUUGUCAAACUGUUUGAUCUUGAACGAUUAUUUCAAUUUUCAUAUACCAUUGCCCCAACGAACAAUUUACAUUGUAAGUAGUUGUAUAUUUUUGCUUAUAUAAUGUAGGAGUAAUAAGUGUUAAAAAGUGUGCAUUUGUCAAAGCAAUACUUCAGAAUAUUCAUGGAUGUUACCAACAUUGUUGUUUUAUGUUUCGAUAAAUAUAUUUGCUUGUUAUAUUUUUCGUAUAUUUGUGAUUGACAUUAAAAACAGUAAUGUUUAAAUAAGUGGGUAUUGCACAGUGAAAUGUUCUUAAAAUUGGUUAUAAUUUAAAUAUAAAUCGUGUACACACAGAAUGAUACUAAAAGUUAGAAAUAACGAAAUGUUUUGUUUCUGUUCCUGUUCUUUCCUGAGUAUUUUAAUUUUGUUUUAAGUGUUUUAUGAAUUAUAACACAUUUUCACUUGUUAGAUUAUUCGGAUCUCUGUAUGAUUUUUGUAUAUACCAGGGUUGUUUGAAAAGUAAGCCCAGUACAUCCUGGCGUUAUAAAAACUGGUCCUUGGAAUACUAACGGCUGCCAGAGGUAUAAAAUUACAUUCAUGUACUAAUGAAAAUGACAUGUGUAAUGAUGUGGUUCUCCUACAUUUUUUACUAGUUAGUUAAUUAGUAUGCAGUUUAGUUUUUGAAUGACCCACAUAACUUGUGUAAAUACUUUUUGUAGUGACUUGUGAUUAGAGAAUUGUGAUAUAAUGAACGCUGUGAUAUUUAUAAUUGCGACUUACCAAUCAUGUAUAGACAGGUGUUCAUUUGCAGUCAUUUGAAAACUCUGACCAAAUACGGUACUGUCGUACGACAAAUGCUUACUAAUGAACACUACACUAAUCAAUUUUGUGUUUGAAAUUAUUUUAAUAAAUAAUGGAUUUAUUAGACUAAUAAACCGCCAAUUUACGAAAGUAAAUUAGUUGCGAUUCAUUUGAAAUACUACAAUCCUAUUGGACAAUAAUGGUUUCAAACACAAAUGUACAUUUAUAAACCUUUUCCGCUCUUUUUAAAGAAUGCUGGACUCAUAAGUCAUUUUUUUCAAAUUUUCGGCAUCUUUUGGUUGAUAAGGAAACAAUAUCUCUGGACGAAUUCAGUAAUUGAUACUGCACCUAUUUUCUAACUUCUUUACUUAAAGUUUUGUUUAUUCUGAUAUGACAUGAAUCGACUU